UGCCGGGGGGAGGGGGGGGGCGGGGGGAGGUGCCGCGCGGCUGUUGCUGGUCGCGCUUCCGGUCUCGCCGGAAGUACGUAGUCAUUUCGCGACUGCGGGGAAGUAUCGGCCGUCGCCAUGGUGCAGCUCGGUAGCUGUCUUCUGAAGAGCUAUCGAGGCGGACACGUCGUGAUCCGUUUCGCCCUCGGCGGCUGCACCAACCGGCCCUUCUACCGCAUCGUAGCAGCGCACAGCAAACGCGCCCGGGACGGGAAGUACCUGGAGCAGAUCGGCUGCCUCGACCCGCUGCCCAACGCCCACGGCGAGAAGGUGGCGGGGCUCAACCUGGAGCGCCUGCGGCACUGGCUGGGCUGCGGCGCGCAGCUCUCCCGGCCUGCCGAGAAGCUCCUGGGUCUGGCGGGGUUUUUGCCCCUGCACCCCAUGACGAUAACCAACGCCGAGAGGCUCCGGCGGCGGCGGCGGCGAGCGCAGGAGUCCGUUGUGCCACCUGCGGAGGGCGGGUCGCAGGAGCCGGGUGCUGCCGCCUGAGAGGUGCAACACGGUGCCCGUGUGCGCAAGGGAAGGAGUGACAAACAUGACCAUCAAAUGCAAUCACAGAAUAUUCCAAGUUGGAAGAGACCCACAAGGAUCCUUGAGUCCAACUCAAGGAUCUCUGCACAGCACCACCUGAAAUUCAAACCGUACAUCCGAGAGCAUUGUCCAAAUGCUUCUUGAACUCUGGCAGCUUGGGGCCAUUACCACUGCCUUGGGGAGCCUGUUCCAGGGCUGGAAAAUACACUGAUACAUACAUAUUGACAUAUAGCUUAAUAAAUACAUCAAUUUGA